AACAAAGAAGUUAUUUUUAUUGUGUUGAAGACAUGGGUUGCAAUGACUGGACUUAGUGGGGCUGUCACAUGAUCAUCACACAUCUUGUUCGCUGCUGGAAUUGUGGCAGAUUUCUGUACACAAUAAGGACUUUUGUGUAUGUGUAACAGGAAUGGAUAUUCCAAAUAAUAUUGACGUUCAGAGAUCAUCUAGAAAAUCUAGAUCUAGAAUCUAGAUCUAGACUCUUGAUUUGAAGCUCUACUUUUACUUAUCUAGGCUACAGGCUACAUGAAUUCUACUUGCUCAGUGACUCACUGCUGACUUGAAAAGUCUUCAUCAGUCAGUGGCACAGCAACACGAUGUCAAAUUCUGGAUUGUCUGGAAGUGGAAUUUUUCUUUAAAUUAUAUGUUCCCCUGCACAGUGCUAAGUCCUAAGUCAGACUAAGUGUGGUGUCUGCUGACUACAACAACUGUCGUGCAACUAGCCAGUUGAGUGUAGAGACGAACUGUUCUAAUACAUUUUUUCGAGCAAGAUGAAUGCUAUAAUCUCUCUGUGUCACUUUUGUGAGUUUCAUGGACCAAGGAUUCUGUACUGCACUCAGCCUUUUCGGCCUCAGGAAUCGAAGCAAGUAGAAGGAGAUGAGGCAGAAGUCAGCAUCUCCCACAGACUGAAGUCAACUUCCAUUGGUCCAAGCUCCAUCUCAGAUUCACAUGUUGCUUCAUCUUUAAUUUUGAGUGCAAAGGAUCAUUGUGAAGGAUGUAAGUCUGUCCACACUGGAUAUGUGAGCCAUGACGAAGAUGCACAAGUGAGCUACGUCAGCACCCAGCAGCCAUACAACCCUGAGGUGUUCACUCGGAUCAGACAAGCAUGCAUUCGUAGUUUAAGUGUUGAGGUUUGUCCUGGUCGUGUUGGUCCCAUAUUCUAUGGAGACAAGCAGUAUGGCUAUGUCCUCAGCUACACUUUCUCCAUCCCGGACAACCAAGCCCGAGGGAUGCACCGAUCAUUUUCCAUUUUAGUGGUUAUGAUGGACAAAAUUUAUCUCCUCAACUCGUGGCCUUUCUUAGUGCCCCACCUUAGGAUUGUAAUUGAAAACCUUCAGAAUAAGGCUCAAAAGAUUUAUGAUCAAGAAGAAGCCAAGUGCCCACAGCGGCCCUACAGACUCGGAGCAAGAGUUGAUCCUUCUAACUUCAUCAAGCAGCGUGGGGGGAACAAGCCAGCUAGAUCCUUACAGGAACUUACUGGUGACAAGAACGUUUUCCGCAUGUUGCACGUUGCUUUCUUGUGGAUCCUGAAGGCCUGUGGAAACCGCAUCUCGGAGACACUGCUUGAAGGCCCUCCCACAGAGGACACAAUUAUUGACAUGGAAAAACAAGAAGAAACGGAGGAGGGAUUUAUAAAAAUCUACACCCGGAAAGUGGAUGAAAGCCCUGAAAACUCGCCUGUUGGAGCAGAGGCUUCUGUAGAUAGUUCUACUGAAGCUCAAAAUAAUGGAGAUGAAGAGAAUGAAGAUCUCUUUGCACCUGUCAUUAAAAAUCUCCGCCACUUGAAAAAGGUGGUGGGCAGCUCUAAGUUCCUGGAACUGGCUCAUCAUGUCGUGGUUGGGAAUCAGGUCAUCGUCAGCGGCAGACAGCGACCUCUAGUCAAGUCGUUCCUCACCGCGCUGAAGAGCUUACUUCCAAAAGGCUGUUGUCGAGUCACCCCUUACAGCAAAGAGUACGAAGAGUCCUGGAAGUGCAAUUUUCUGGGCUUGAGCCCGGACGUGUCGCUGUCCCAGCAUGUGACCUCAUCAGAAAUGUUCUACUUGGUGGAGAUUAUCAAGCGCUCUCCUGCGCCGGAGGAAGAGGGACCGAUUUCCAUGGACCCCAGCAGCCUGAGCGGCCCUGAGUCGGACGCUAGUGAAGCUUCAUCGGAGGAUUGCUUGCUCAGAAAUUACGAGUUUAGAAUGAGCAGCCCAGUAUCCUUGCCUGCUAAAGUUCCAACAGUUCUUGAGAAGAUGAUGAUGGCUUUGCAAAAUGAGAACUUGUGUCCUGAAGUUGUGGAAACAGCCAUUACGUGCCUGAAGGAAGAAUGGAUGAACAAAGUCAAAGUGCUCUUCAAGUUCACGAAAGCAGGGGGAAACAGAUCUGAGGAAGAUACUAGGAAAUUGCUGCAGAUUGUCGGUGCUCGGGAUGAGGACAAACAGCUGCUCAAGUUUUGGAUGACGGGCCUCAGUGUGCAGUACAGAACACACAUCUUGGCUUCUUCUGCUCAUAGAUGAUAGAUGAGAGUAAAGAAUGUUGGGGGGGGGUUUGUUGCUUCUUUUCAGAUACCACCUGAGACAGAUAAGGUUAAUUUGUUUCGUCCAGACUCUGGUGCACUGCUGGUCUACUCACUAUUGCUAUUGCUAAGUCAUGAGGCCAACAAUACGCAUUACCAUAAGAUGUAACUUUGUAACAAAAAAUUGAAUAUCUGAUUCUGGAUGUGUAUCUUUCAUAUUUAUUUUUCAAUGGGCAUAGUUCUGUCUUUGUAUUGACAUGUUCCAUGCUUUGUCUUUUGAAAAAUAUACUGUGCACCAGAAAAUAAAUAUUCAAGUGUCUUUGGAAAUCGGGAAAGUGAAUGAAUAUUUCCUUGCCAUAACUGGUUUACACCCAGAGGUGCAGCUGGGUAAUAAGUUUGGGAAUAACAUAUCCUUGUGAGCGACAAAUUAUUUUAUGGUUCUCUGGUGUGUGAUGUUUGUGUAUGUGAGAACCUAUUCGAAACACUGCCUGAUUUCACGCUUAUGUUUGAAAGCGAUGGUGUAAUGUAUACUGGUGAA